ACUAUAUUUCGCAAAGUCAUUACAAAUAUGAUCACGAAAUUAAUUCUAUUAUAUACAUUACUGUAUAUAAAUGUUUCUUGUUCUAUGAAAUUGGAAUAUAAUAAGUAUAAUCAUUAUAAGUAUUAUGACAUCAAAGGUGAUAAGAGUGAAUUGGAUCAUUUGAAAAACUUUAUGCUACAUAAGGAUGAUUCUUUAUUAUAUAUAGGCAAUAUAAAAUCAGCUCAAAUAAUAGUACCUCCGGAAUUGAACUCAGCUUUUCUAGAAAUAGCUAAAAAUGACAAAGUAAACGCGACGCUUCUCUUUGAUGAUAUUUCGGAAGUAAUUCGCUCCGAGAAACCGUCAAUUUUACGAAGUAAGAAAAAAGGAUUUUCUUGGGACGCUUAUUACGAUGUUGAUGACAUAUAUAAUUACCUGUCUAACGUAAGUAGAACUUAUCCUCAAUGGACUGAGGUAAUUGUAGGUGGCCAGACUUACGAAGGUCGUCAGAUACGAGGUAUUCGUAUAAACACACCGGCUGCAGAAGGCGUAGAAAAACCGGUGUUUUUCAUCGAAUCAGGUAUACACGCGCGAGAAUGGAUCGCCCCCGCUACGACAACGUACUUCAUCAAUCAGUUGCUCACGAACUCAAACCCUAAUGUAACAAGAUUGAGGGAUCAGUUCGACUGGCGGAUCUUCCCGACUGUUAAUCCUGAUGGAUACCAUUACAGCUACGUAGUUGACCGUUAUUGGAGAAAGACUCGCUCAAUAUCGUCUAACGGCUGUAUAGGCGCUGAUCCAAAUAGGAAUUGGGAUUAUAACUGGGGACAACAUUCAUCAUCAAAUGAUCCUUGCGAUUAUCAACUCUAUGCUGGUUCAUGUCCGUUUUCGGAGAUUGAAACAAAAACAUUAUCAUCAUAUAUAUCAGGAAUAGAUAACCUACUGUUCUAUGUAGGCUUUCAUUCUCAUGCCGCUCUUUUGUUGCUGCCUUACUCUGAUUCAACUGAGCACGUCCACAAUUACGAAGAUCUAGUGCAAAUAGGUAAGGUUUCUUUGGAAUACGGAUACCAAGUAAACAAAGUUAUGUACAGUGGACCUGGAACAGCUGCAGAGACAUUAUAUAAAGCGUCAGGUGGUAGCAUGGACUGGGUCCGCUACGCUCUCAACACACCGCUAGUUUACACAUAUGAACUUCGUGGUUCCUCUUUCCACUGGCCUCCAGAGAAGAUUCCCGAGCAAGGAGAGGAGGUCACACAAAUGAUUCUCGGUCUAGCAAUAGAAGCAGAAAACUUAGGAUAUUUUUAUAGUGAUUUCUCUUAAACUUUAAAAGAAUCAUUGUUUUUUAACAAAAUAAUAUAUGUAUUUUCAAAGUUUUGAACUAUGAUGAUUACAAAAGUGAUCAUGAUUUAUUAUUGUAAAAUAACUGGCAGGUCUACUUCAUGUAAUGCUAGUUUAUAAUUAUGUAAAUUAUCUUCUUAUAUUUUUAAU